AUGGCCCUGUCGCCCCCUGCGACGUCGAUACUUGAGCUACUUACGCACCCAAACCCAUCCGUCAGCCAUCAAAUACCUAAGAGCAAGACAAACACUAGAAGUCCCCGCUAUUACUGGCCUAGGCAGAUAAAGAAAUGGGAAGAACUGGAAGACGUUAACAUUUUAAAAGAUGUCUUCGGCGGACUUUUGUUGAAAGAGGCAUGUCGCAGAGGCCGGACGCUUGACCCAUACCCAAGACUUCACUCGCAGGCAGACUGCAUCAUACGUGAUGAGGACGAUACCAGAGAUCUUAUCCAUAAGUGGAACAAGUCAAUUGUUACUACUGCCCUUGAUCCUAUUCAGGAUCCUUUCCACCCGGUCAUCUGGAGCAAAGGCGAUCCCCCAUCCGGCAAAGAGGCAUUUCCCUCUCCUCCCCAACAGGAGGAAAAGAAGCGCCACCAGCCCUUACGCAAAGGGUCUUCGAAGGCAACACAUACGAGAUUACAAUCAUUGUCAAGACUUCAGCCAGAUUCCGGGUCCAUUGCAUCUAGUCCGGUCUCAUGUAAAGUUGGCGAUAUAACGAUCUCCACUUGCCAGGAGAGAUUCCCAAAAGAGUACAAGAUCUCCACGAAAUGGAAGAGUGAACGUAUCUUCAAUCGCGGUCUUCUUGAUGAUUCUGGGUGUUUUAUCAAGGGAAAGACGAAUGAUAAUUAUGCGUGGCCUAUCAGACAGGCUUACACUUAUUGUAUUCAGCAUAUGUGCCGAUACGGAUGUAUCCUGACGGCUGAGGAAGCUUUCAUAUUUCGCAUCAUACCGCGAGAGGACAAAUCAAGCAACAAUUCGCAAAACGCAAAAUUGCUAAGAAAUGAGCUCAUCAAUAACGGGCUUAUGGAAUACGUCUCCAUUCCCUGGAAAAACUACAGUCGAGGUCGGAGACAGAUACUCAACGUCUGGACCGUCAACUUAGCCAUGUGGUUUAUGCAUGUCCUAGCUGGAAACAAUUUUGAGGUUGAUUGGAGUUAUGUUGAUCUGACAGCCGAGACUUUGCUGAUCGACCCUGGUGAUGAGCUAAAAGCAGCUUCUUCCAGCACGGCGCGCUCUGAUGAUGGACAACAUGAAGUGGUGGAAGAUAAUAAUGGAUCAGUUACUUCGGAAGAGUCGGAAGUGACUGAAAUUUUUAACUCGUCUACUACAAAGCGAAAGCGGGAUUCGGAUGAAGAUAGCGACUUUGAGGGCAUUCAUCUUUCAUUUACCAAGCGUCAAUUCGUAUAG